CAAUAUGUUACGUGGGUUUUUCAUCUAGGGUUUGAAAUUUAAAUUGUGUUGUAUUGGUUAGAAUUAGCCAUUUAAUUUUAACUUAUAAUUAUACAACAUAAACAUAAUUAGCUUUGACGAUACUUAAAUCAAAUCAUAUUUGCGUCAACUUCUAAGUCGCGAAAGUUGUUUGUUGGAGAUAAAACAUGGCGGACUGGGAAGAUGAUUGGGAAGAGAGCGAGCCGGUAGCUGUAGCACCGGCACCUACUACUUUUAUUCACAAUACCAGAGUGUACAGUAAUAAUUCAGGCCGUGGAAGAGGCAGAGGUGGUGGAAGAGGCCAAAGCAACGAAACUAACUGGAGAGCACGCGGUGGGGACGAUGGUCAACCCCGGCGCAAUUUUCGUCAAGAAAAUGGUAAUAAAAAGGUUAUAUCAAUUCCUUCUAAUAAAGUUGGCCGUGUCAUCGGCAAGGGGGGUUCAAAGAUACGUGAUCUCGAAUUUGAAUCUGAAGCCAAAAUUAAGAUUGGAGACUCUAAUGGAAACGAUACUGAAGUGUCUCUAUUUGGUACAGAUGAUGCUAUAACUAAAGUCGAAAGCAUGAUAGAUGAGCUUAUGAAAGAUCGUAAGCCCGCUGCUCCAAAAGAGAAUUACACCAACACCAGUCGCAAUGAUAGUGCUAGUGGCAAUUCCAAUUUUGUAACUGUCAAUGAAAAUGGUGAUGAAGUAGUUGAUUGGGACAGGCUGAAUGAUGAAUACGAAAAGAAACAGCAAGAGAAAUGGAGUAAGUUGCCAAAAAUCAUAAAGGAUUUUUAUACAGAAGACCCAAAGGUAAGUAAUAUGUCUGGGGCCGAUGUUAAACGCUGGCGUCUAGCUAACCAUGAUAUACAAGUCAAAAGGACAUUUGAUGAUAAACCUGGGCUUAGACCUAUACCAAACCCAGUAUUAACUUUUGAACAAGCAUUCCAACACUAUCCAGACAUUCUAGAGGAAAUAUAUAAACAGGAUUUUAAGCAGCCAUCCCCUAUUCAAAGCCAAGCUUGGCCUAUUCUACUGAGAGGUGAUGAUAUGAUUGGCAUUGCCCAAACUGGUACUGGAAAAACAUUAGCUUUCUUGUUGCCUGCUUUAAUACAUAUUGAUGGUCAACCAACACCCAGAGAACAGAGAGAUGGUCCCACUGUUCUUAUUUUGGCACCAACAAGAGAACUUGCACUGCAAAUUGAAAAAGAGGUCUCAAAAUAUCAAUACAGAGGAAUAAAAUCUGUUUGUGUUUAUGGCGGAGGUGACCGAAAAGAACAGAUCAAAGUUGUUGCUAAAGGUGUAGACAUUGUCAUCGCAACACCAGGAAGAUUUAAUGAUCUUGUGUUAGCCAGACAUUUAAGUGCUAUAAACUUCUCAUAUAUUGUAUUAGAUGAAGCUGAUCGAAUGUUGGAUAUGGGUUUUGAGCCGCAGAUAAGAAAGUCUUUGUUUGAUGUAAGACCAGACAGACAAACUGUGAUGACUUCUGCUACAUGGCCAUCUGGAGUACGCCGCCUUGCAGAGACUUAUAUGAAGGAUCCUAUUCAAGUAAAUGUAGGAUCUUUAGAUCUUGCUGCAGUUCAUACAGUCACACAAAAUAUAAUAUUUGUUGAAGAGAAUGAAAAAGAAGCUACAUUAUUAGAUUUUAUCGGAAACAUGAAAGAAAAUGACAAGAUUAUAAUUUUUUGUGGUAAAAAAGCAACAGCUUCGCAUAUCUCAACAGAAUUGUGUGUGAAAGGAAUAGGCUGUCAAUCAUUACAUGGAGAUAGGGACCAGAGUGAUCGUGAAGCUGCUCUAGGUGACAUGGUUGAUGGGACAGUCAACAUAUUAGUUGCAACAGAUGUUGCCUCAAGGGGCAUUGAUAUAAAGGACUUGACACAUGUAAUAAACUUUGAUUUCCCACGUCAAAUUGAGGAAUAUGUGCAUAGAGUGGGCCGAACUGGAAGGGCAGGGAAAACUGGUAUCUCAUUAUCCUUUGUCACAAGAAAUGAUUGGGCACAUGCCCGUGAACUUAUUAAGAUAUUAGAGGAAGCUAAUCAAGAUGUACCUAAUGAGUUACUGUCAAUGGCUGAAAGAUUUGAAGCUAUGAAAAUCCGCAGAGACAAAGAUGGUGGAGGAGGCAGAGGUGGGAGGGGACGAGGUGGCAGAGGCAGAAGAGAUUAUUAUUAAUUUUGACAUAUAUUCUGUUUACAUAGCAUAACUGUUUGGCAUUCCUUGUAGGUUUCUCUAGGACUAAGCAUGCCUUAGAAGUUAUUUGAGAACUAUAAUGACACAACAUACAAGCAGUUUUGGUCUCCCCAUCAGUUUCAAAUACCACCUUUAGCUUUUCAUUGGUGGUUGUAUAACAUUAGCUACCUUGUGAUGCCUAAUUUGGAUGACUUUUCAUGAAAAAAGACUCACUUCACUCAGACAGAGUGAUGUGGGUAUAAACUAUUGUGAAUCCAAUUAUGCUUGUGUGCAGUUUUAAACUAUGUGUUCAUUAAUGUUCUAUAGUAGCAUACUAUUUAAUGUUUUUAAUUUUAUGAAUAACAUAUUUUUUCUUUGUUUGUUAAUGAAACAAAUUUUGCUUUACACUAGUGUAAAGGAACUUUAUAAACCCAUUACUAAUCCACUACUGGGCAUGGGUCUACUCUUGGCAAGGUUUAGGCUGUAGUCCACAACUAGCCAAGUGUGGAAUAGUAGAAUUCACAGACCCUUGAGAACAUCAGGGAUAACUCUAAAGCAAUUAGGUUACCUCUAAAUGUUUACCUUACUUAAAUAUUAGGUAUUUAAGGUAUAUUUAAUUCCUGCUCUGAAAGUUAGAUUUGCUUGCCAGAGAACAAAGUUGAUAGAAAUGAAGCAGUUACUUUUACUACAGUUAGCAGAAGUAAGCUAUCACUGCAUAAAUUUAAAAAAAAUACUUUACAACAAACUAGGGGAAAUCAAUAAUAUACAAUGAACAUAAAGCUAUUGCAGUAGUUCUUUGUAAAAUUAAACAUCUGCUGCUUUUGGAAAAUUAUUAACUAUGCCAUACAUGUUCAUCGUAUACUGUUUGAAUAUUUUACUUUAAAUGCUGCUGCUGAGGAGUUCCCAACAACAUAUGAUUUACAGUGAUAAAUCAAAGAUCAAUCAAUAUGUAUACAUUUUCAUACUCAAUUUUUAGUUGUAUUAAAUAAUACAACUGACAGUUGACUAUAUAUAUAUAUUGUUAAUUAGACUUAACCAACGUUUUAGCCUUUAAGAUAAAGGAGUCGGAAAUUGAUAAAUAUUUUGGUACAAAAUUUAUUAAUUUGAUAAUAUUAAACUUUUUUACUGUAAGACAAAAAUAUGUGGUUAAAACUUCAAUUUUCCGUCAAGUAAACUUAUACAGGCGUGGAUUUAAGUGAUAUGCAUUUAAAUAUAUUAUUUAUUUUAGAAUUAUUGUCAUAUUGAAAAUCAUAAAGUUAGUAGACAAGAAAUCCAAAAAAAAAUUGCAUGGCAUUUUUUCUCUACAGGGUAAAAAAAAAUAUUAUUGGCUAAAUCGUUAAUGUGAAUGGUGGAUGCAUAAAGUAAUAUCCGCGCUACAGGCCAAUUUCAACCUAUGUUGCAUUGUUCGAGUAAUUAUUUUUAUAACAGGGUUGACCAAGUCAAUCUUUUGUAGGUAGUCUAAGCCUUUUAUGUGGCUAGAUGCUGCAAUUCCAGCCAACAGCAAUAUAAUUGCCUUGUGUGAUAUUCACAAGUUCAGUGAUUUCUUAAGUUGUAUUGUAUUUACUAGUUAGUGUUUUCUCAGUGCGACGUGUGCGUGAAAUUCGGUUUAAGUGUGCUUUUGAUUUUUUCCGAUAAUAAAUGUAACAUGUAUCAGGAUUCCAAGAUCUUGUAAGUUUGGUGUAAAGGAGUAAAAAAUUACUUACUUAUAAUAUUAGUAACAGUAACAGUAACAUUAAUAACCACCUGUUACCUGCUAUUACGCCACUAUGAAUUCAUUGGUCUUGCGUUUCCCACGGUAAAUAAUAAUCUAAAAUACUUGCAAAUUCUUGUGUUCACCUUACUGGAAAAGUCCCGUCGUAAUCGGUACAAUCUUUCCCGUAAUAUAAAUUGGUUGGGGUAUAUCAGAGCCUAGCAAAUUUCUAAACAAAAAUCCCAUCAAAAUACCUUAAGCCCGUACAAUAAUUGAAAGUUAAAAGCUUGUGUUUUUUUGUGCUUUUGAUUAAAUAAUAACAAGAGCAGUGUUAGGCUGAGAUAAAAGUGUACUUUAAUUUGCUCGGCUGGCAAGUGUAGGUAUGAACGAUACAAAUUUAUGUUGGAUACAUAAGUCUGUGUUUUUUUACCUUUUAAGUCUGAGGUAAAGCUUUAUAGUUCGCAGCCUUAAAGGCAUUCAUUCGAUAACACAGCCAGACUAAAUCCAAUAAGUACGCACUUGAGAAAACGAAUCAAAAUAACUUAUUUGGACUAAAUGAAAGGACGUCAAAAAAAUUAAUUACCUGGUUUUAACUGUGAUAUACUUACUAAUAUUAUUAGUUUUAGGCAGCAUUUACUUCAUUCAAGUAUUAAGAUAGGUAAUAGAUACCUAUGAAUUGUUUGUUCCUAAGAUUUGUAUAAGUAAUUCUAUAUAUUGUAAGAGUAUGUACACACAUGUUCGGGCUGUCAUUUCCGAUCGAUCCGAUCAGUCCAUAUCCUUAUACCUAUACUUGAAAUGUAGGUAUUUCUCUACUGUACAGAAUUUUGGGAUUUCUUUUGUUUAAAAAGUAGUAGUACCCGAAUCGUAUAAGACGAAAAAAAA